AUGUCAUUCAUACGCAUUACACAAUCCUAUGGUGCUAUAGAGAACUGUUGUUUUUGGUACAAAGGGACAGCAAGGGAUUAUUUAAACAUUGGUACCACUGUUGUCCCAGCUGUUAUCUGGAAUUUAAUUUUCUCAGAGGAGUCCAUCCAUCAUCGUUUUCUCGUAGUUUUAUAUUUUCAUCCCUGCACGGAGGGCCGCACUUUUCAUACACUUACAACUACAAUACUAGGCCAAAAUAUGAUCGCCUCAAGGGGACUUAAGCUAAUGAGGAACUUUUCAACAACUGCAGCUCGAAAUAGUCAUGCAUAUGGUGGACCUGGAUCUAAUUUGCCGUUUGAUGUAAACAGCAAGUAUAAAUUUACAGCUCUACUAGCAAUAUAUUUCAGUACUGGGUUUGGACUUCCAUUCCUGAUGGUCCGAUUCAUUAAACACAGGGCACUAUAA